GCAAACGCACCACCAGCCCAAACAGUCGCCCCUUUAUUUUCGGUGUUUGACAAGUUGACGUGGACAGUCGCCCUCUGCGGGCCACGCGCCUCACACGUUUGAAGACGCGUCCGUCUGUGCUCCUUUGUUCGUGUGACCCCACUCUUCUGCUGCGAAAGCUUGCCUUCUCACAACAAAUCACUGCAUCAUCAGCAAACAUCAUGGUCGGCAGAGGCUCCUCCCGCCCCACGUCCGUCAGUCUGUCCACGAGGAGCCGCCUAAACAUGACUGUGAAACACGUUUUAGAAGUGAAACGCUGGGAGAGUCCAGUCGGGUCUGAAGGGAAACAAAGGUUCCUCUGAGGAAGGUCUGCUGAUGUUUGUUCACGUCUCAGUGACAACUGGACCCAGUCCGUCCGGUGGGUUGCAGCCUCUGAACAGGAAACAGCAGCUUCCGUGGACGGGCCCCGCCAUGGAGGUCCGAUAGACGUGGCCCGAGACCGUCACCAUGGCGACGCGGCUGCGGGUGGCGUUCGCCGUGGGCUCGCUGCUCGUGAUCCUGAUGAUCAUCGUGUACUGGGACGACGCCCUCCACCCGCUGCAGGGGCCCGUGCUCUCCGGCGCCACCGUGGGAACCAACGGCUCAUCUGGCCCCGGGGAGAGUCCGGAGCAGAGGGAGAGGAAGCGGCGCAUCCGGGACGUGUGUUCCGGGGAGGACUUCCCAGGCCGCGGCCGGGACAUGGACCAGAUCCCGCUGAGAGAACUGGACCACCUGAUCGUGGACGACAGACACCAGAUCAUCUACUGCUACGUUCCCAAGGUGGCCUGCACCAACUGGAAGAGGGUGAUGCUGGUUCUGUCCCAGUCCCUGGUCUCGUCGUCCUCAGGGAAGCCCUACACCGACCCCGAGACCAUCCCCCCGGAUCUGGUGCACAACUCCUCGCUGUACUUCACCUUCGCCAAGUUCUUCUCCCACUACGGCGCUCUGUCCCGCCACAUGAUGGCGCUGAAGCUCAAGCACUACACCAAGUUCCUCUUCGUCAGGGACCCCUUCGUGCGCCUCAUCUCCGCCUUCCGGAACAAGUUUGAGAGACCCAACGAGUUCUUCUACCGACACUUCGGCGCCGCCAUCCUGCGGCGCUACGGCAACCUGUCGGCCGCCGUGCCGCACACGGCCGCCGAGGCGUUCGCGGCGGGAAUCAGACCCACGUUCCAGCAGUUCAUCUCGUACCUGCUGGACCCGGAGCUGGACGGAACCGACGUGUCCAACGAGCACUGGCAGCAGGUGUACCGCCUCUGCCACCCCUGCCAGGUCCACUACGACUUCGUCGGGCAGCUGGAAAACCUGGAGUCGGACUCGGAGCAGCUGCUGAACCUGCUGCGGGUGGAUCAGCUGAUCCGUUUCCCGUCCGGCGCCAGGAACCGGACCUCGGCCAGCUGGGUGAGCGACUGGUUCAAGAAGAUCCCGCUGACCAUGAGGAGGGACCUGUACCGGCUCUACCGACCCGACUUCCAGCUCUUCGGGUACCCGGAACCGGCCGGGCUUCUGCAGCAGGACACGUGACGAGCGGC